AUGAAAAAUAUAAUUGAUAAAUCAAAUGUUGCUAUAAUCCAAGUUGGUGAUGAUUACGCCGACACUCAAACUUUCGUUGCCAAUAAACUUGCUUUACAAGAAAAAUCAGCUUAUUUUGCUGCAGCAUUUUCAAAUAAUUGGGCCAUUAUUAAAGAUGAAAAGUGCUAUUUUCGAAAACCAAACAUAUCUGCAAGUGUGUUUGAGGCAAUUUUAAGAUACGUGAAUACAGACGUAUUUGAUUUAUCCGUAUACGAUCCAUCGGAUUGUUUAGAUCUGUUGAUUGCAUCGGACGAAAUGAUCUUUGAUGAUCUAUUAGAAAAGGUUCAAACAUAUUUAAUCGAACAUGAAACGAUAUGGAUUGAAACAAUGAUAAUCGAUGUGUUAAAUAUCACCGUUUCUCGUCCCUCAUGUUUUCAACUUAGAAACUACUGCAUCACGGAAAUUAUUGAACGAGAUGCUGGAUUACUAUUCAACUCACCUAAAUUUAAUUUGUUAGAAGAAAACGGCUUGCUGUUACUACUUGGAAACGAUGAACUUAAUAUAAAAGAAAUUGAUAUUUGGAAAAAUUUAAUUAAAUGGGGUCAAGUUAAUAUAACGAACAUCUCGGAUAGAAACAUCGACAAAUUCAAAUUACUGCAACAAAAACUUUAUAAAUUUUUGCCAUUUAUACGAUUUUUUCAAAUAUCACCAGAUGAAUUUGACGAAUACGUACGGCCUUAUGAAAGAAUUCUAACAGAAAAAUUAAUAGAGGAAUAUUCCCAAUUUCGACUCACUGGCAUUAUACCUAUUACUAAUAGAAUCAUGGAACCACGAUUACCACCAUUAAGAAUCGAUUCGAAAAUUAUAAAGCCAAAACAUGCGGCUCUCAUUUCUUCUUGGAUUAAUAAAAAAUCAGAAAUCGAACAAAGCGUCUCAUACACAUUCAAGUGCAUUUAUCGCGCAAGCUCUGAAAGUCUAUCCGAAAAAACAUUUCACGAAAAAUGCGACAGAGCAGGUCCUACAAUAAUACUCAUAAAAUCAAAUGAGAAAAUUUUCGGCGGAUACAAUCCUUUGAAAAACGGCUGGAAACGAGGCUGGUUCUCAUCAUGCCAUCAAGCCGAUUUUGCAUUCAUUUUUUCAUUUGAUAAUGGGAAAAAUUUAAGUAAUGCAAAGAUUAGCCGAAUAAAGGAAAACGCCAAACAUUGUGCAUUAGUUGAUCAUCCAUGGGAUGGACCAUGCUUUGGUUCUGGACCUGAUUUAUGGGUAAGUAUAAACUGUUCCAAAAAAAUCGGUCAGACAGUAACUGAUACAUAUGAGAUAGGUAUUGAAGAUCACGAUGGAUUUUUUUAUUGGGAUGAUUGGGAAAUAUUUCAAAUAAUAAAAAAUUAA